AUGGUUAGGCCGCGCCUCCGGGGCCCCCUGGCGCCAGGACCCCCACCCCCACCCCGCCACCGCUCCAUCCUCUGGGGGCCCCACUUGGAGUUGCUGGAGAAGGCACAGUUAACAAACGUGGAGGAAGGAAGAGUGAAUCGUGUUUACCAUAACCUGUGUACGGGGAAAGCUUCCCAGUGGGACGCGAUCUUUCCCCGGAUACCAGAAUGUAUGACCGCGAGGCCAGCGUCCGGAGCUCAGACAGCAAACGCGGGCCCUAAAGUGUGCCGGUGCUGGGGCUCGCCCUCCGUGUCCCGGCCCUGCUUUCUGGGCACAGGACCGCCGGUGCCGCUUAUCGGCUGCCGGCUGAGAACACGUCUGAGAGACAGAAGAUUGGGCCCUCAGGUCGCCCGUCUGAAUGCCGGACACCGGGAGGCCCCGGCCGCAUGGGGUCCCGCCCCUUGGGUCCUUGGCCCCGCCUGCUGGCCUGGGCUUCGACAGCUGGCCCGGGCGGCCGCGGCUGGGUGGGUGGGAAGCUUUCAGGUGCCUGGCCGUGGCUUAGGUCUCUCACUCUCUUCCGGGUCCUGGCCUCUCAUCCACACGGCCGCUGCCGCGCACAUCCCGCCUGGACCAGUCGUGUCCAGAGGCUGUGACCUGUGCCUCCUGCUGCCUCCCGGUGGUCCCCAAGCGCGCCCAGCCUACACCUGCCCGUGUGCGCUGAGCCUCCUGCAGCACCAGCCCUCCGCCCGCCCACCUCCUGCCCACCCGGCUCCUGACUUGGCACAUAGCAUCCCCCACCCGACCCGGGCACCGAGUCAGCCCUGUCCUCUGCGCCUCGGGCUUGAUGUCCGCAGCUGA